AUGGAAACUCAGUCGGCUCUAUCCGAAUUCCGACGGCAGCUCGAGAAAUUGUGCCAAACGUCGCCAGAUUCUGAUUUUUAUCUUCGCCAGUUAUUAGCAUAUGUCAACAAUACACCAGAUAUCCGUAAUACUGCCAGGAUAAGUGUCCUAGAAUCUCAGCAGGCUGUUGACCUUGCGAGAGGCUUCCCGUCCUUGGUGAUUGUCGGUGGCCAUCUCGCGCCCAGCACAAUUGUCCAAUUGACACACAAAUACAACCUACGUCCAGAACUCUUCUUGGGUCACCUCGAAAUUGAGCGCGUUCAGAAUCGUUUUCGCACGUCAUAUGAACUUCCCGCAUUGCCCUCUCAGCGCAAAAAUAUUAUACAUGUUCGGCUUGUCAGCCUGUGGCGUUCACCGUCACAAGCUGCGGCGUACCCUGCAUAUCUUUCUGCGGCCACCCGCCAGCGCGCCGAUGAAAGCUGCUUGAGGCAAGAAAAGCUUCUUUUCGAAAAUCUCAAGUCUGGGAGUACAAGGUUUCGUAAGGUCCACUUGCACAGCUCCCGGAAUUUUAGUCUGGAGCAGGUCGUUUCAUUCUGCUUGCUUCCCAUGCAGGUAGGAGAGCGGCAGUCGUGGAGAGGCGUCUACCUAAUCGAUAGUGGUGACCCUCUCUCCAGCACAGAGACUUACCCGUGGGAUGAUCCAACAAAGGUUACCGGAGCAUCACCAACCCUGCUUCGCACUAUCCUCUGCUUCUUGACCCGACCAGAGCUUCGCACGCACACCCAUUCUACGGUCUAG